AUGAUCUAUCUCCACAGGUUCAACUCUCUCUCUCACUCUCUCUCUGUCUGUCUGUCUGUCUGUCUGUCUCUCUCUCUAGUCAUACAAAAGUGCAUCAAUAAUCUACGUAUAUGUGGAUCUAUCUAUCUAUCUAUCUAUCUAUCUAUCUAUCUAUCUAUCUAUCUAUCUAUCUAUCUAUCUUGUCCAAGCAUAUAUGAAUCUAUUUAUCUCAGUCUAUGGGUGUUUGGGCGUGCUUUGCUGCCUCUUUUGUUGGUCGACAUUGGAUGGAAUUUCAAUCCACUUCCGGUUCCGGGUCUUUCUUCUUUAAAUGUCCGCUUCGAUUCGCAUAUACACAAAUGUCUAUCUAUCUAUCUAUCUAUCUAUCUAUCUAUCUAUCUAUCUAUCUAUCUAUCUAUCUAUCUAUCUAUCUAUCUCAGUUUGUCCAUUAUCUAUCUAUCUAUCUAUCUAUCUAUCUAUCUAAGAAAAAUUUUCUGCUUGACCAAACCAAGAAAAUUUUUACUUUACUUGUUUUGUUUGUUUGAUUUAUUUAUUCUUUCUUUCUUUCUUUCUUUCUUUCUUUCUUUCUUUCUUUCUUUCUUUCUUUUCUCUUUCUUUAUUUCUUAUAUAAUACAUUUUCCUUCAUUCCUUCUUUCUUUCUUAUAUAGUACACUUUUUCAUUCUUUCUUAUAUAAUCCAUUUUCUUUCUUUCUUUCUUUCUUUUAUAGUACGUUUACAAGCUUUCUUUCUUAUGUAAGUUAUCUUUCUUUCUUUCUUCUGUAA